CGGCGCGCAGCGAAGAUGGCUGAGAAGCAGAAGCACGACGGGCGGGUGAAGAUCGGGCACUACGCGCUGGGGGACACCCUCGGGGUCGGCACCUUCGGCAAAGUCAAGAUUGGAGAACACCAGCUGACAGGACAUAAAGUAGCUGUAAAAAUUUUAAAUAGACAGAAAAUUCGGAGUUUGGAUGUGGUUGGGAAAAUCAAGAGAGAAAUUCAAAACCUAAAACUUUUUCGGCACCCUCAUAUUAUCAAACUAUAUCAGGUCAUCAGCACUCCAACUGAUUUUUUCAUGGUAAUGGAAUAUGUAUCUGGUGGCGAAUUGUUUGAUUACAUCUGUAAGCAUGGACGUGUGGAAGAUACAGAGGCUAGACGCCUUUUCCAGCAGAUUCUCUCUGCAGUGGAUUACUGUCACAGGCAUAUGGUUGUCCACAGAGACCUGAAACCAGAGAAUGUGCUGCUGGAUGCACACAUGAAUGCCAAGAUAGCUGAUUUUGGGUUGUCAAACAUGAUGUCAGAUGGUGAAUUUCUGCGAACCAGCUGUGGCUCCCCAAACUAUGCAGCACCUGAAGUCAUCUCCGGAAGGUUGUAUGCUGGCCCUGAGGUGGAUAUCUGGAGUUGUGGUGUUAUUCUCUAUGCUCUUCUCUGCGGGACGCUGCCAUUCGACGAUGAACACGUUCCCACGCUCUUUAAGAAGAUCCGUGGAGGUGUUUUCUACAUCCCCGAAUACCUCAACCGUUCAGUUGCCACUCUCCUCAUGCACAUGCUGCAGGUUGACCCACUCAAGCGAGCAACCAUCAAGAACAUAAGAGAACACGAGUGGUUUAAACAAGACUUGCCCACUUACUUGUUUCCAGAGGAUCCUUCUUACGAUGCCAAUGUCAUUGAUGAUGACGCAGUGCGAGAAGUUUGUGAGAAGUUUGAAUGCACGGAGUCGGAGGUGAUGAACAGUCUGUAUAGCGGUGACCCCCAAGACCAGCUUGCAGUAGCUUACCACCUUAUUAUUGACAAUCGGAGAAUCAUGAACCAAGCCAGUGAGUUCUACCUCGCCUCUAGUCCUCCCACUGGCUCAUUUAUGGAUGACAGCACUAUGCACAUACCUCCGGGGGUAAAACCGCACCCAGAGCGGAUGCCUCCUUUAAUAGCAGACAGUCCCAAAGCACGGUGUCCCUUGGAUGCGCUGAAUACUACCAAGCCAAAACCUCUGACUGUGAAAAAAGCCAAGUGGCAUCUAGGAAUCCGCAGUCAAAGCAAACCGCAUGACAUUAUGGCUGAAGUGUACCGAGCUAUGAAACAGCUGGAUUUUGAAUGGAAGGUGGUGAAUGCCUAUCAUCUUAGAGUGCGUCAAAAGAACCCGGUGACCGGGAAUUAUGUGAAAAUGAGUUUACAACUUUACCAGGUUGACAAUCGCAGCUAUCUUUUGGACUUUAAAAGCAUUGAUGAUGAUGUCAUGGAGCAGAGGUCAGGCUCCUCCACACCACAACGCUCAUGCUCUGCGGCUGGCUUGCACAGACCAAGACUGAGUAUUGAUUCUACCGCUGCUGAAUUCCAGUCGCUUACUGGAUCCCUGACUGGCUCCUUGAUUGGGAGCGUAGCCUCCGUUACUCCGCGCCUGGGUAGCCACACCAUGGAUUUUUUUGAAAUGUGUGCCAGUCUGAUCAUGGCAUUAGCUCGCUGACGCUCAGUGCUGAGGCCCCUGUCCCUCAUCACGCGUGAUUGCACUGAGAAUCUGGUCCUAGGUUAUUUCUUUUUCCGUUGGUUUCGUCGUAUCCUGGGCAUAGUGUACACCGUAGUGCAAAAACACCCCCCCCAAGACCCAAAUACUCCCUUCAGUGAAUCCAGUUCCCAUUACAAAGCACUGAGGGAACUAGAAACAUGCUUGUCUCAUUUAUUACUCUAGUUUCACCACAGUAUAAACCAAACUGCUUUUACUAGUGAAGAUGAAUGGGGAAAAAUUGGGCAUGGCUUUAAAAUAGUAACUGCAUCAGUAAACAGCCCUUCCCUAAGUGCUACCUGUCUCUACUUGUGGAAACUUGGCUAGCCUCAAUAUCUACAGUAUGAAUAUUCUCUAGUGACAUAUAUAGUGUAUCCCCUGUGCUAUUCAAGGGGGCUCACUCGGGUGAACCCGAUGAAAGGUAUAGACAAGUAACUAUAUUAAACAGAAUCCAGCUGUAAUAAAACUACUGCAGUAUUUACAAACUGAUGCCAGCCGGCCUCUGUUAACAGCUCUGACAUAAAAACCAGCAGCUGCAUGGAGGUUUUGUGAUCUUGGAACAUGCAACCCUAUUUUAUAUAUGAGGUGGCAGAAGUGCAGGGUCACACACGAGCCACAGCUCACACCUCUCCGAGACCUUCACACAUUAAAGGCUUUGAAUGAGAGAGACCUGUUUCCCCAGAUUUCCCCCUCCCUCCCUCCUCCAUUGCAGCUGCUUUGGGUCUAUGGAAUAGUCCUGGCCUGGUGGCCUCUUUUUAAAUGUUCAAGACUAUGUGGCUUUCCCCAGCUCUGGCCACCAAUUGCAUUGCACAGUGUACACUCAACCUGCUUUUGAUCACAUUAGGGCUCCUGUAAAUUACUACAAGCCUCACCUCCUACAAAAUAUUUCAAAUAGCUGCCUCAUAAGCAGCACAGAUUUUUGACCUGCAGGAAAAUUCUUAACUCCUCAGUAGCUGAAGCAAUGCCCUGUUUAACACUUCUGAGAAAUAGUCACUGCCUUCUCCUUCACGGUAUCAUCCCUCCUGAGCAGAAGCAAGUGGGGAAGAGGCAGAGGGAUUGGGUGGAGGGAGCCAUUCAAGAACAGGAUACUGAAGGUACUUCGUGGGAGCAGAGAAAGAAAGAAUCUAGAAGAGGGAUUGUUGGGGAGUUGACACUGUCUGGGUGGUAUUAUCAAGGACAGUGGGAACUGGAGGCGGGGGAGGGGACAGAACCACUCCAGUCUGCACCUCACCCCAUUAGCUGUCCAGGCCCAUCCCAAUCCUCUUUCAGCCCAUAAGUGACAAAUAGCUGGCUUGCUUAAGGGGUAGUAGCAGUUUUCCUCUGUGAAAUGCACAGGUACCUGUGAGGUUCAACAGGGUUUACAUUUCAAAUGAUCUCUCUCAUAGCAGGUCCUUUUCUUUAUCCUUGAUCCCUUCCCCAAGUCAACUGCCAAAUGUACCUUAUCAGUCCUAGAGUGUAGAGGGGCUACCUCUUGUACUGUUUCAUGAUAGUCAGCAGUUAAGUUUCAAAGUGGCGUUCCAGGCCUUAGGGCUUUCGUGUACUUCUAACGCUCAAUAGACCGUGACCUUCGCUGCUAUACCGAUAAGGCAGGGGAUGUCUUAGGCUUUUAUUAUUUCUUUACUGUUGGCUAACUGAAGGAAGCUUUUGUUAAAAUAAAGAGAGGGAAGUGUAAGGUUACAAGAUUUGUUACACAAGGGUAAACUCCUCCUCACAUAUGGACUUUUUUUUUUUUUUAAUUAUUUAGGUUUAAUGGUUACUAUUGGUAUUUGCCUAAUUUUGCUAUGGCAUUUAAUUCCCAAUCACCUGACUAUCAGAGACUAGGGUCAAACUAAUCAAGUCAAGAAACAGACUGCAUGAAAACAUUGCCAAAAGUCUUGACUGUUUAUUUAAAAAAGUAAAAGGAGAAUUUUGGCAAGGUGGCUGCUUCCACGUUAGUGAAAACGAUCAUCAUUCUACUUGUAAAGCUUUUAAAAACAAACAAAACAAUCUAUAAGCUUCUUUGGCUAGGAAUUAUUAGCUCCACUAUACAUCCUGAAAGUUUCUAUAAGAAGGAAAAGCAUCAUUCGUUGGGCCUUUUGUCUUAAUCAUUUUAGAUAACGUAGACAAACAUAGGAUAUUUUGUUACCUACUGGCAGUUAGUGGGACACUUUCAGCUUAAUAAAAAUAAAAUUAAAAAAAAAAAAGGCUAAAUUUUUAAAAAACAAAUUGCCUUACUUUUGUUUUAGAUCACACCUUAGACAUACACAAAUGUAACUUUACAACUCCGGCUUUUCCACUGUCUGUGCCCAUUGUUUACCUUCUGCCUGUCUUUCAGGGUGGGCAAGGAGAGCAGCGUAGUCAGUUUCAAAAUCAAUUUCACUGUCAGAUGCCUGUAUACGGUACUAGCCCAGUGCUGCAGUAUUUGAAUUACAAGCCCUACAGCAGAAUGACGGUCCUUUUCAAAGAAACAAGGAAUGUGUGUCGUGUUCUUAGGUUACGUAACAAGCAAUUUUUGAAAAAUUAAAUAAAAUACUGUAGGGUGGAUGAAUCUCCAUGGCUUUGAACCUGUGCCUGGUAUGUAUACAAUUUUACAAGCCUUUUGCUUGUGUAUAAGUGACUAUGCAAGUCAGGUGGAGAAUCCAUCCCCCACCUCUAAACAUGUGGGGCCAAAUUUCAUUUCCUUCUGGCCCCUGUAAGUUCAUGUCACUUUAGUAAUAGGAUUCCAGUUUUGUCCGCACAUCACUUAUCUAGCAUUUUAAAUACAAAAAGUAACAGAACUUUGUUCUUCUGUUGAAAAAAUGCAGUGCUGAUAAUGUACCUCAGGAUCCUGCAGACCCAGGCCCAUGCCUGGAGAAAGCAGAAAAAGUGAUGCACAUGACCUACUUAUUUUCUGCUCCAAAUUUUUUACGACACCUUUGGGGAAAAAUCCUGGGCAUCAGGAAAAUGGACCUUUCUGAUACAUAGGAUAUGCCUAACAGCUCUUGACCAGAGCAGGUUUUCAGUUUUAAGGCAGGAAGGGGUAGAAUAGUACAGUGGUGGACUAUUGGAGGCUGGCAGUAGUUUGGACAUUGUAUAUGGAGGGCAUCCGAGAGGUGAGCAUGACCUAUUACUCAUUAGGUAUCUAAGUCAUGACAACGUGGCCUCCGUUACCACAGCACUGGGCACCACAGUCUUCAAUCUAUUUGUCCUUUAUGGUUAGGUAGGGAAGUGUUAAUUAUCCCCACUGACCCCAAGGUCACACACACAGUCUGUGGGAGAGCAGGGAACUGAACUCUGCUUUCCCACACCCUACUUUAGCACCACGAGAGGAUACCUCCACUCAUCCCAGACCAGUGGUGUAGCACAGUGACAGGGUCAGAAAGAGAGAGCGAGAGGAAAGAGGGCAGGAGAACAGAACAAACAGCUAAGGUUGUACCUCAGACAGAAUAAGAGCAUUAGACAGGGUGAUGAGGCAAGCCUGAAUUUCCUCCUGGAGAAAAGAACAGACCAGAAAGGUGUAUCUUCUAUCAGCAGCCUAGCAGGGUGAUAAAAUCUUACUCAACACCCAUACUCACCCACUCUCUACUAGAGCCUGUUUGAUUUUCUAGGGGAGAUAACUAUGUAAAAAUGUACUUUUCACUGUCUGAGUCCCAUGUCCCUAUUUUUUCAGUGUUUGAAAUGGACAGACACUUAGCCAUAACCCAUGCUGAAAACAGAGUGGCAUCCCAUCAAGUCACCUACCCUGUGCUCAGGAGAUGAGCAAAAGCAAUUAGCUAUGAAGGAUCAUAGAAUCUCAGAGUUGGAAGGGACCUCAGGAGGUCAUCUAGUCCAAUCCCCUGCUCAAAGCAGGACCAAUCC